AUGACGUCCGCCACCACUGGUUCUCUUUCGAAUUUGAAAGCUAAAGAUCCGGAAGCCAUCAAAGCCUCUGCCGCCGCAGCACAAGCCGAAAGUGAAGGCCCGGUCCCGGACGCGGAGGACUCUGACGACGACGAGGACGAGAAGGCAGAAGAAGUCGGGAAAGAAGGGGGAGCCAAGAAAAAGCGCAAGAGAAAGAGGAAGCCAAAGAAGGCCAAUGGUUCGAAAGUCGUUCCUACGAAGCAGUCGGAGCCUCCCCGGGUAUUACUAUCGAGUUUGUUUCCCAGUGGGGAGUAUCCCGUUGGAGAAGAGGUGGAGUACAGAGACGAGAACUUGUACCGGACCACGGACGAGGAGAAGAGGCAUCUUGAUCGCAUGAACAACGAUGUCUUGCAGGACUUCAGACAAGGUGCCGAGAUCCAUCGACAGGUUCGGCAGUAUGCGGCGAAGAAUAUCAAGCCCGGACAGUCCUUGACUGAAAUUGCUGAGGGGAUUGAGGACAGUGUGAGAGCUUUGGCUGGACACCAAGGCUUGGAGGAGGGCGACCACCUGAAGGGUGGUAUCGCGUUCCCAACAGGUGUCAACCUGGACCACAUUACAGCGCAUUACAGCCCCAACGCUGGUAACAAGACUAUCCUCAGCAAGGACAAUGUCAUGAAGGUCGAUUUUGGUGUGCACAUUAACGGUAGAAUUGUGGAUAGUGCCUUUACUAUGUCAUUCGACCCGAUGUACGAUGGUCUUCUCGAAGCCGUCAAGCAAGCCACCAACACAGGAAUCAGAGAGGCGGGCAUUGAUGCUCGAUUGGGAGAGAUUGGAACUGCUAUUCAGGAGACUAUGGAGAGUUAUGAGGUUGAGAUUAACGGUGACACAUUUCCUGUCAAGUGCAUUCGCAACUUGAACGGGCACGAUAUCCGUCAAUGGCAGAUUCACGGUGGAAAGAGCGUGCCGAUUGUGAAGAGCAACGACCAGACAAAGAUGGAGGAGGGUGAGGUGUUUGCCAUUGAGACCUUUGGUAGCACCGGCAACGGAUAUGUGAGAGACGAUCUCGAAUGCUCGCAUUAUGCAAAAAAAACGGAUGGCCCCAAGAAUGUGCCGUUGCGGGUCGAAUCAGCGAAGAAGCUUUUGAAUGUCAUCAACAAGAACUUUGGCACUUUACCAUUCUGUAGGAGAUAUCUGGAUCGUUUGGGCCAGGACAAGUACUUGCUUGGAUUGAAUAAUCUAGUUUCUGCCGGCAUCGUAGAGGCCUAUCCUCCGUUGGUCGAUAAGAAGGGGUCAUACACUGCCCAAUUCGAACACACCAUCGUACUCCGACCAAACGUCAAGGAGGUCCUCAGUCGUGGAGACGACUAUUAA